AUGUCAUCCACGGGUCCUUACCUGCGCGCUCUGCGCAAAACAGAGCUGGCUGAGCUUGCCGAAAUUUCUGAUUUAAAGGAUUACGCCGAUCUCAAAAAAGCCGAACUUGAAACCGCGCUCGACAACCAUCUCCGCGCCAACAGUUCCAUCUUCUCCGGCGAGAAACGUUUAGCUGAUUACUACAAACGUCUUUCGCAGCCGCCGCGCUUGUCGUCGCCCGUCAAGAAAGAGCCCAAGUCCGAGUCGUCGGGUAUUUCUGUCGGAGAGGAGAAGAGGUCGUCGCGUAGCAGACGCAAAGCUUCUACUGAAGCUGACGAAAGCGAGUCUGAGAAAACACCCUCCUCAACUGCAGUUGCCACGCGCACUCCAGCGCCGGCGCGUUCACCACUGUCUUUCGCGUCAUUGCCGCCGUCCCCUGCCGUCGUCACCGAUGCCAUUGAUCGUCAGACUACGAUUGUACGCGAAAAGGUGUCUGACGCGUGGACUAAGUCCGGUAUCUCUGAGCGCUCAGAUGCAUUGCGCGCCACUCUCAGCAGCGUCAAGUCCAUUGAGACUAUUUUCGCCCUAGCAGAAUUGUACGGAUUGUUGCGUGAAUUGAUUCCCUUGCGCUAUUUGACUACCGUCCCUGCUGUGGAGACUAUCUCAAUUCCCGAAAUCUCGGUUAAGAUUCCCGACCUCUUCGUGUUGAUUACCGGUACCUUCUGGGCACCGUUCUUGCUCUGGGGGCUGACUAGUUUGGCUCUGCCCUUGACCUUUGCGUAUUUCUUCAAUUUGAGUUUCCAUGCGCAAUCAUCAACCCACUCGCACAACACGCGUCGUGCUUCUUCCGCAGCCCAACAGGCGCCUAGUUUUGAUCCAUUGGUGUACAAUAUCGUCAAAGCCUUGAUUUCGUACUUUGUGUAUGCAAAUCAUUUCACUUUCUGGAGCACAUUCAGCCAUUUCUCUAUUGAGAAGGUGAAUGUUGCCAUUCCGGGACAGUGGCCUGGUGUUUUGACGGGUUCAGGGAUUGGCAUUCUUAUCAGCUUGUAUGACGCUGUGUUGAAGAAGUAA